ACCUCGCACAGGGGACCAGUGAUACACUGAGCUCAGCUGGGUGAUACUCUCAACAUCCACACUAGUGAAAAGGACAGACUGCAACCUUUCCUGGAGGUGUCAGGGUCCUGGGUCUUCACCUGCCCUGGAUUCCAAGCCUUGCCAGCCACUCUGAGCUAUGCCAGCCAGCUCUCUCCUGCCCUGGCUGCUUUGGAGCUGCCUGACCUGUGCUGUCCAGGGCAAUUCGGAGAAUACCUGGGCCAGGUUUGAGAAGCUCCCCUUCCCAGAGGACAACCUGUUCCUCUACGAUACCUUUCCUCCUGAUUUCAUGUGGUCAGUGGGCACAGCAGCCUAUCAGAUAGAGGGAGGUUGGCAGCAGGAUGGCAAGGCUCCUUCCAUUUGGGACACCUUCUGUCACAGAGAGGACCAUGGCAGGCUCUCUGGAGAUGUGGCCAGUGACAGCUACAACUACCUCUUCAGGGACAUAGACGCUCUGGAAAUCCUAGAGGUCACCCAUUACAGGUUCUCCAUCUCUUGGCCAAGGCUGUUCCCUAAUGGCACAGAAGCUGGUCCAAACGAGGCAGGCUUGAACUACUACACCAAUCUCAUCAAGAGGCUCAAGGAACAUAGCAUAGAGCCUGUUGUUACCUUAUACCACUGGGACCUGCCUCAGAGGCUGCAAGACCUGUAUGGAGGCUGGGUCAAUAAGUCUAUGGUGGGCAUCUUUAAAGCCUAUGCCAUGGAAUGUUUCAAGCUUUUUGGCAAUGAUGUCAAAUUCUGGAUCACUAUGGACAACCCUUAUGUGGUGGCUUGGCAUGGAUAUGGCACUGGAAGAGUGCCCCCUGGCAUUAAAGGAGAGAAACAUCUUGGAUACAAAGCUGGGCACAAUCUCAUCAAGGCGCAUGCUGUAGUAUGGCAUCUCUAUGAUAAACAGUUUCGUGCAUCGCAGGGUGGACAAAUAUCUAUAGCCCUGGCUUCUCAUUGGAUAAAACCACUUAACAUGACGGAUAAUUUCAUCAGAGAGUGUCAGAAGUCUUUAGACUUUGUCCUGGGAUGGUUUGCCAAACCAAUAUUUCUAGAUGGGGAUUAUCCUCAGUCUAUGAAGAACAAUCUUUCUUCUCUUUUACCAGAUUUUACAGAAGAAGAAAAAAGAUCGAAUAAAGGCACUGCUGACUUUUUUGCUCUUUCGUUUGGCCCCAUACUAAGCUAUAAAAUGUUAGAUCCGGAUAUGAAAUUUCGUCAGAAGGAAUCUGUAAAUCUCCGGGAGCUACUGUACUGGAUUCACAUGGAAUACAACCAACCUCAGAUAUUUAUUGUGGAGAAUAGCUGGAUGCUCUCUGCGAUGACUAAGACAGAAGAUGCAAAAUACAUGUAUUAUCUUAAAAAGUUUGUUAUGGAAACUUUAAAAGCAAUUAGAUAUGAUGGUGUAAAUGUCAUCGGAUACACGGCUUGGUCCCUAAUGGAUGGUUUUGAGUGGCUGAGAGAAUACCGGAACAGACGCGGAUUGUUUUAUGUAGAUUUUCAAAGUCACAAUAAAAAUCUGAUACCAAAAUCCUCAGCACUGUUUUAUAAGCAGCUUAUUAAGAAGAAUGGAUUCCCACCACUGCCGGAAAAUCAACCUAUACAAGGAACGUUUCCCUGCAAUUUUGCUUGGGGUACAUCUGCAUACACUAUACAGAUUGACACCACGCCAUCUCAGUUUAAUGAUCCUAGUGUCUACAUCUGGGACAUGAAUAAGACGAAAGGCCUUACCAAGGUAGACGGAAUUCAUGUCCCAAAGAGGAAAACGCACUGUGUAGACUUUACGGCCAUUCGUCUGCAGAUAUCUUUACUACAGGAAAUACAUGUCUCCCAUUUUUAUUUCUCGCUCAAAUGGGCUGCCAUUCUUCCUCAUGGAAACUAUUCUCUAGUCAACCAUAAAAUCCUACACUACUACCAGUGUUUCGUAAGUGAACUGGUUAGGGUUAAUAUUACUCCAGUUGUUGCUCUGUGGCAACCAAUUGCCGAACAUCAAGGUUUGCCUUUUCAUCUUGCAAAAAAUGGUGGGUGGGAAAACUACCAUACAAUUCACGCCUUUGUUGAGUAUGCUAGACUCUGCUUUAAGGAACUUGGAAACCAUGUAGGCCUGUGGAUUACAAUGAAUGAGCCUUCGGUAAGGAACCUCACUUUUACAGCAGGCCAUAAUCUUCUGAAAGCACAUGCCAAGGCCUGGCAUUUGUAUGACAAAGAAUUCCGAGGUUCACAGAAAGGAAAAGUAUCCAUUGCACUUCAUGCCAACUGGGUAGAGCCAGCCUGUCCCUUUUCAGAAAAUGAUAUAAAUACCAGCGAAAGGAUUUUAGAAUUCGACGUAGGCCGGCUUGCCAACCCAAUAUUCCUCGACGGGGAUUAUCCAAAGGUCAUGCGGGAUUGGCUGACAAAGCCAAUUCUGCACAACAGCCAUGAUUUGUUCAAUUUCCAUUUGCCUUAUUUUUCGGAAGAUGAAAAAAAAAUGAUCAGAGGAACGUUUGAUUUUUUUGGCUUGACCCAUUAUACUACUGAGCUGGUGCAGUGGGAAAAGGAAGACUCGGCUAAGUAUGAUCACAGUCUUCAGGUUCAGUAUAUCACAGAUAACACAUGGAUACAAUCGCCACACGAAUACGCAGUUGUUCCGUGGGGGCUAAGGAAAAUGCUGAAAUGGAUAAAAUCAAAAUAUGGCAACAUACCAGUUUAUAUUCUAGCCAAUGGAAUUGACAACAGUCAGGAUGUGGUUCAUGACAAAUUAAGAAUAUAUUACAUGAGGAAUUAUGUUAAUGAGGCACUCAAAGCAUCUCUGAUAGAUGGAGUUGAUGUUCGUGGAUAUUUUGCUUAUUCUUUUAAUGACAAGACAGAUCCUGGGUAUGGCCUGUACACCUACAUUGCCAAUCAAUAUAAGGCUAAGCCGUCAUUGAAACAAUACAGGAAAAUAAUCAACAAUAACGGGUUUCCAAGUGUAAACAUGACCGUGGCUUCGUGCCCUGUGGAACAUGUCCUUUGCCCAGACUGUCAUUUCUUCCAGACAAGAAAAUACCUACUAGCUUUCGUGGCUUUUAUAUUUUUAAUUUUUAUCAUCUCUGUUUUUAUGAUUACAUAUUACUCAAAAAAAGGCAAAAGAAGAUAUAAGUAAUGGCCCAAGUUCUGUUAAUGACAAAAGUAAUUUCGCACAACCUCAUAGAACUGUCCUCUUCACGGGAUAGAGAAUUGGUUAUAGAUUGGUUAUGAAACCAGCGCUGGGUCCAAUAUGUACUGUAGUAGUCUCGUGCACCACUGUACAGGGGAGUCCUCUCGUUUUAGUUGCUUUGCAAUCCAUUUUAUAUUAUUCUUUAAAUUACAUUUUGCAACAAUCCAAACACCUAUUUUUUUUUUUUUUUUAUGAAUACUUAUCACACAGUCAAACACACGUAUAUACAAAAUGCAAAAUGGCAGAAUGCUUUCUGUAUAAAAAAAGCUACAUGUGUGUAAACCUGUGUCAUGGAUGAAAAAUUGGUAUUAAGUAAUAUAGUAUACCUGUAAAUGUAAUAUAUCAAGAACCCAGACUUGGCAGUUCCAAGCCAAACUUAAUUUUAUAUAAGAUUAACCUACAUUUAGACUUUCCUGAAAUUCAGUUUUCUAGUCGAAUCUAAGACCCAUCAGAUUGUUAAGGUUUUCAUUCGAUACCAUUGAUUAGACUUUUGCAGCUGGUGGGGUGCAUAAUCCACAAGUUUGGACACGUAAAAAGUUAUAAAAAGAAGUUAAAGAAUGAAGCGGUCAGUUGAACAAGCAUAUUUUACGAGAAUGAUAUCGUAAUGACCAUUACAUACCACAUGGGGUAGACACACACUGCAAAUAAAACAUACUAUAAAGAGGCCUAACAUUUUUCACUUGCCCACUAGAUAUUGGCAAGUUUAAUUUGAGCCCUGGCGAGUAGUAAAUCACUCCCGGUGAGUGUGUCAUGGACCCUCCAAGGGUGCAAUGGUGAAUAACUUAAAAAGACUGACUAGUAGGAUAGCACUUGAAAUGUUGAGCCAAACAACACCUAUCUCUGAAGAACAGGGAUUUCUGACAUAAUAUAAAAAUAACAU